UGCAAAAAAAAAGAAAAAAGAAAAAAACUAGAUUUAAAAAUAAAAAACUAGAGCAACCAUAAAGGACGACAAAACAAUAAUAUUAUAAUCAGAAAAAGAACGAGUCGGAUCCAGUAGACCGCGUUAACAUGUUCUGUUUCCCAUUGCCAUUUUCUUAAGCAACGGACUGCUCGUCUCUCUGUUUAAUUGAGCUAAGAUUUUGAUUUACUUGACCGGCCUGACAUAUUCUUGUUAGCAAAACCCUAACGGAAUUGAGGAUUAGAAAGAAGGAAGAUGGUGAUCAUGAUGUCAGUGAAGCCCAUGUUUAGCAUAACGGUGGUCACUCUCUCUCUCCUACUCGCAGUGCUUCUCUUUGCACCCACUUCUCCUUUCUCCCAAAUCCCUCUCUUUUCCACCUCGCAACUAGGAAGAUUGGACAUAUGGAGUGUGAGCAGGAUGGUAGAAUGGAGGCCUUGCAAUUGGUGGCUACAAGGACAUGUUCCUCCUCUUCCAGCACAGAGUAAUGGAUACAUCAGAGUGGAUUGCUAUGGUGGCCUCAAUCAGAUGAGAAGAGAUUUGUGUGAUGGUGUUGGUAUUGCUCGCCUUUUAAAUGCGACCCUUGUUUUACCAAAGUUUGAAGUGGCUGCAUAUUGGAAUGAAUCAAGUGGUUUUACAGAUGUGUUUGAUGUUGAUUACUUCAUUCAACAAUUGAAUGGCUUUAUUGAAGUUGCUAUAGAGUUGCCACCAGAGAUUGCGUCAAAACAACCCUACCGUGUAAAUUGUAGCAAACGCAAAGGUCACUUUGAUUACAUUGAAAGUGUACUUCCAUCAUUGUUGGAACAUCGUUUUAUUUCAAUCACACCUGCAAUGAGUCAAAGAAGGGAUAGGUAUCCCCAGUAUGCAAAAGUUGCCCUUUGCCAAGCUUGUUACAAUGCACUACGUCUCACUAGAUCCUUGGAGAAGAAAGCCUCUGAACUUCUAGAAGCUAUUCCCAAACCCUUUCUCUCACUUCACCUUCGAUUUGAACCUGACAUGGUCGCUUACAGCCAAUGUGAGUACACAAACCUUUCUCCUGCCUCCAUCAAAGCCAUCGAUGAAGCUCGGGGAGAUAGGAAGCCAUGGACUGGAGAGUUGGCCCACAUUUGGAGAAAGCGGGGGAAAUGUCCUUUGACCCCGAAUGAGACAGCCUUCAUACUUCAGGCACUUUCCAUUCCAACAAACACAAAUAUAUAUUUGGCAGCAGGUGAUGGUCUGAUGGAGAUUGAAGGAUUGACAUCUAUUUAUGCAAAUGUAUUUACCAAGUCUAGUCUUCUUAGUGGUGAGGAUUUCAAAAGCAUGCAUGGGAACACAAAAGCUGCUUUGGAUUAUUAUGUGUCCAUCAACAGUGAUUCCUACAUGGCUACAUAUUUUGGAAAUAUGGACAAGAUGGUCGCAGCUAUGAGGGCUUUUAAGGGAUUGUAUAAAACUCUUUUCUUGAGCAGGAAAGCUUUUGCAGAAUUCACUUCCCAGAGUUUGACUGAGAAGGAGUUGAUGCAAGCCCUAUGGAAUGCUCAUAGGGAUGAUUUUAUCAUGGGGAGAGGAUCUGCUUUGCCUGACUGCUUUUGCGAGUAUAAAUUGUGAUUUUUGUUGCCUGAGCCUUCAUGUUGUACUUUAAAUGUCAGAAAACAAUUCAAAGGAAUCGUUCUCUUUUUGCUCCCUUUGCUAGACUUGGUGUUUUUGUAGGAUUUAGACAUUCAGUUAUAUCUUAUCGUGACGACCUUAUUAUUA